AUGUCGAGCCAUUCUUCGACCGAUAUGUCAACGGUCAUUCAGUUCGCCUGCACGGCCGACGAAGACGGUGCUGUGCCCUUUCCCUUCUGUCAGCUCGCGGACAACUCGGCUGAGCUGCACGUUCGACCCGUGCACGUGACGCUCAAAGACAUUCGACCGUCCUUGCAAGCGGGACAGAGGCCUACGUUGGAUGUACAAGGAUUUGAAGUCAUUGAUCACGUGUACCCCGGGUUGCAAGAGGAUAUCGAUGACGUUUGGAUGGCCGAGUACGAACGACAGAUGGAGCGCGUGAGUGAGGUCAUCACGUAGAACUUGAGCUCAUCAACGCAGCAGCGAUGAUCGUCCGCAAGCUCCGCAAGUUCCGCAAAGUUCCCCAAGUUUCGCAAGUUCCCAACUGAUCAUGCGGUCCGACCUCGAACAUGCAGCUUUUAUGCCAGCACCUCAAGGCUCGCAGGGUGGUUUCCUUUGCCGGGGUCGCCGUCCGUCGUCGCAACCCCGAGCUCGAUGACGCUCCUAUCGAUACGGAGAACCUGCAGCCCUCCGCUGGGGCCCACGUCGACGGCAACACCCAGACCGGCCGCGAGGUGUGCACCAAGGUGUUGGAACUGAGCGAUGAAGAGGCCGAUACGGAACGAUACGCCGUGAUCAACUUGUGGAGACCGCUCCGAGGACCUUUGGUAGACGCCCCUCUCGCGCUCUGUGACACUCGCACGACGGGGUCCGCAGACAUUAUCCCGACCCUAGACUUUUAUGGACCAGGAAGCUACAUCAAAUACUCUGGUUAGUGUUCCCACUAGCCUGCACGUAUUUGAUGGGUCCCUCCAUCUGAUCGCUGACACUUUAGCUCGCCACGAUCAUCCCGCGCUCGGCCGCGCCGAACAGAUCGGCAGCAGUGGUAUUACCUCCGCGACAUGAUGCCCGACGAGGCACUGCUGUUCCGUUGCCAAGACAGCACGAUGCGUGAGUGCCCGUGCGGCCCCGUUUGAGCCACACGGUCGAGCUGAACAUCUGAGAAAUGAGACCGCCCCCACAGAUCCGGACAAGGGAGGCAUCACACCUCACACCGGAGUCUGGGAUGAAGAGCGACGCAAUGACUCGUACCGGCAAUCCAUCGAGGUCCGAUGCGCGGUUCUGUACUGA